AUGACCAACAUCCUCUCUCGCAAGCCCCACCCCCACCAGCGCACCGUCCUCUCUUCCCUUUCCUCCAAUACCCCCCGCCCAUGUUCCCCACUCCGCCAGAACGCACGGUUCACGGCAAAGAAAGCAUCCGCCACCGUCUCCCUCACCAAUACGCAUGUCUCUCGCGUGAACACCGCUUGUAUUCUCCCCUCUCCAUCUGGACUUUCGGAGCCUCCCCAACAGAGCUUCAUCCCGUUUCCCUCCCCCCCCAUCCCGUGCCCUUCCCACCGAGAGGAGGUGGACGAGCUCUCCACGCCGCGCGAUGAUCAGCAGGUCUCACCUAUGGACUGGGAGGCGAACAAAGAGCAGCUGGCACCGCAGACGGCGAACUGGUCCAGUGUCCGGAGACGCACUCCAAGGACCUGUCUCACCGCGCCUCACUGCCACCGCGAGCCCCCUGCGGGAUCGACCCAGGCGAAUAUCCGGCGCGUCUUCAAAGGUGCCCAGCACCGCGCUAUGCCCGCGCCCUCGCCUGACAAGGGCACUGUGCCUCUGGAGAGCACCGGGCGCAAGCUCAGCAUGAGCUGUGGCUCGCCAUACAUUCCUCGGAAGCGCGCACGCAAGGCGAAGAAGGUCACGCCAGACAUGCAGUUCCUCGCACUCGUCCAUCGCAGCAUCGCCUGGCACGCUCGGGGUACGCUUGGAGGUGUGCCGGACGACUGCGCGGCACAGGAUGUUCUGUUCGCGAAGCGGCUCUGGACGAAUCUUGUCGAGCUGGGAGGCAAGCCGGUGCGAUUCGAGGAUGAUGUUGGUCCUCGCAGCUACUUCACCGAAUCUCAGGAGAGGACGUGCUUAGAGGCUGACCCAGGUCCCCGCUCACCCACAGACGACACUCGGGUACCCUCUGCUGAGAUUCUGGCGAUGCCACAGCUCGUUGCGUCCCUCACUCUGCGCUUCCGAGACCGGUCUACGUCGCGCUCACGCUCGCCUCCAACCGCUGACAUGCGUGUUCAGACGACUGUACCCCGCGCUUCUUCCCCUCUGGCGAACGUUCUGUUCUCAAGCUCCGAUGCGGACCCGUCCGAUUACGGACUCUGA